AUGAAUUCUCUCGCUUCGGAAAUACUCAAUGUAAUUACUAAUCUUCUUCGUGAUGACCAACAAACUUUAGUUCAACUUAGUUUUGUCUCUAGAACUUUUCAUCAAGUCGCCAUUCCUUAUCUUUACCGUGCACCAUCUAUAUUAUCCUUCCAUCAACUCACACUAUUCAUACAACGAUUGACUCCAAGAUAUUCUGAAUUGAUCAAGAUCAUCGACUUGCAAGGUAUACCUGAUCGUUGGCAGCAAGAUAUUGGAUCCGUUUUAAAUACAUUACUUUUACGUACUAUCCACCUUGAGAACCUUGAUGUUGGUUUUUGCAACUUGGAUCCUCGAAGAGUAAUCUCAUCAAUCUCAAAUUGCUCAUCUUUACGGUAUUUAUCAUUGAAAGCUGUUCGAAACGUCACUGACGAAGUUGUGGAAAACUUUGUACGGGAUCAUCCAAGUCUUAUUGGACUAGAUAUAUCCUAUAGCUCGAUUACCGAUGAUUCAAUAUACACCAUAUCACAACAUUGUAUAUCUUUGGAAGAAUUGGACAUAUCCGGGUGUGAACAAAUAUCGGAAGAAGGCAUUAGGUUUUUGGCACAACAAUGUAAGCAAUUACGAUAUAUCAAUAUUAAAGAUUGUUAUAAUGUAGUCCCUGCAGAUGGUGAAUUUGAUGAAUUUCCAAUUACAACGGAUGAUAUUUGGGAAACAGAUGAAGAUGAUCUGUCGUGA